GGUCUCCGGUCCUACCUGGCUUCCCCCAGCUUUCCCACCUCCUCGGCACCUCCCGAGGCCAGACUGCCCCGCAGCACUCCCCCCCCCUCCCCCGCCCGGCCUUGGCUUCACUGAUGCAUUGGCUUUUCCAGCGGGGGUGCGCUGCCGCUGCCUGCCUGCCUGCCUGCCGGCUUUCUCCCUCUCCCUUUCCUCCCUUCUCUCUCCGCCCGUGCGUGUUUCGUUCCCCCCUCCUCGCCCCUCUCCCGGCUCCCCUCCCGCACCCGCUCCCCCGCCGCCACCGGCGGCUCCGGCCGCCGCCCCCUCCGCCCCCGGCCCCCCGGGCUCCCUCCGGCAGCGUGCGCCGGGCGGCCGGUGCACCCCCUCCCGCCGCGCCCCCUCCCCUCUCCCCCCUGCCAUCACUGUCCAUUGGCUUGUCCUGCUCUCUUUUUCAUGUCCAGCCCCUGAUGAGUGUCCAUUGGUGUUGCCUUCGCCUUCCCUCCUCCCCUCUCCCCGGCUUGCCCUGCCCAUGUUUUGUAUGUCUCUGUCCAUCCAGGCUCCUGACGUUCAAGUUCGCAGGGACGUCACGUCCGCACUUGAACUUGCAGCUCAGGGGGGCUUUUGCCAUUUUUUUCAUCUCUCUCUCUCUCUCCUUCUCUCUCUCCCUCUCUCUCCCUCUCUCUCUCUCUUUUUUUUUUUUCCCCUUGCACAAAAAAAAAAAAAAAAAGCCAUGACUGCUAUCCCACAAUUCAUCUUCCCUGCGCCAUCUUUGUAUUAUUUCUAAUUUAUUUUGGAUGUCAAAAGACAUUGAUGAAGAUAUUUUCUCUGGAGUCUCCUUCCUCUCUAACCCGUCUCUCCCGAUGUGAACCGAGCGACUCACAAGCCACCGAAGCCACCAACCCACCAUGUCGCGCCGCAAGCAAGGCAAACCCCAGCACUUAAGCAAACGGGAAUUUUCACCCGAACCACUUGAAGCCAUUCUCACUGAUGACGAACCUGAACAUGGCACAUUGGGAGCUCCGGAAGGGGACCACGACCUCCUCACUUGUGGCCAGUGUCAGAUGAACUUCCCGUUGGGGGACAUUCUUAUUUUUAUUGAGCACAAACGGAAACAAUGCAAUGGCAGUCUCUGCUUAGAGAAGGCUGUGGAUAAGCCACCUUCACCCUCACCAAGUGAGCUGAAAAAAGCAUCCAAUCCUGUGGAGGUUGGCAUCCAGGUUACGCCAGAGGAUGACGAUUGUUUAUCAACGUCAUCUAGAGGAAUUUGCCCUAAACAGGAACAUAUAGCAGGUAAAGACGAGCCCAGCAGCUACACGUGUACGACUUGUAAACAGCCUUUCAACAGCGCCUGGUUCCUCUUGCAGCACGCACAGAACACGCACGGCUUACGGAUCUACCUAGAAAGCGAGCACGGCAGCCCCCUGACGCCACGGGUUGGUAUCCCAACAGGACUAGGUGCAGAGUGCCCUUCCCAGCCACCUCUCCAUGGGAUUCACAUUGCAGACAAUAACCCUUUUAACCUGCUCAGAAUACCCGGCUCGGUCUCGAGGGAGGCGUCGGGGCUGGGAGAAGGGCGUUUCCCACCCACGCCGCCCCUCUUUAGCCCUCCCCCGAGGCACCAUUUGGAUCCGCAUCGCAUUGAGCGCCUGGGUGCGGAAGAAAUGGCUCUGGCCACCCAUCACCCUAGUGCCUUUGACAGGGUGCUGCGACUGAACCCCAUGGCGAUGGAGCCCCCCGCUAUGGAUUUCUCCCGGCGGCUGCGGGAGCUGGCCGGCAACACCUCCAGCCCGCCCUUGUCCCCGAGCCGGCCCAGCCCUAUGCAAAGGUUGCUGCAGCCCUUCCAGCCCGGCAGCAAGCCCCCGUUCCUGGCCACGCCGCCCCUUCCUCCUCUGCAGUCCGCUCCUCCUCCCUCCCAGCCCCCCAUGAAGUCCAAGUCCUGCGAGUUCUGCGGGAAGACCUUCAAGUUCCAGAGCAACCUGGUGGUCCACCGCCGGAGCCACACUGGGGAGAAGCCCUACAAGUGCAACCUCUGCGACCACGCCUGCACGCAGGCCAGCAAGCUGAAGCGCCACAUGAAGACCCACAUGCACAAGUCCUCCCCCAUGACGGUGAAGUCGGACGACGGGCUCUCCACCGCCAGCUCCCCCGAGCCGGGCACCAGCGACCUGGUGGGCAGCGCCAGCAGCGCCCUCAAGUCCGUGGUGGCCAAGUUCAAGAGCGAGAACGACCCCAACAUGAUCCCCGAGAACGGGGACGAGGAAGAGGAGGAAGAGGAGGAGGAGGAGGAGGAGGAGGAGGAGGAAGAGGAGGAGGACUUGAACGAGAGCGACAGGCCGGACUACGGCUUCGGGAUGAGCCUGGAGGCGGCCCGCCACCACGAGAACAACUCUCGGGCCGGCGAGGAGGGCCGGUCGAUGCCGGACGUCAUGCAGGGCAUGGUGCUGAGCUCCAUGCAGCACUUCAGCGAGGCCUUCCACCAGGUCCUGGGGGAGAAACACAAGCGGGGCCACCUCCCCGAGCCCGAGGCGCACAGGGACACUUGCGACGAAGACUCGGUGGCCGGCGAGUCCGACCGCAUCGACGAAGGGGCGGUCAACGGCCGGGGCUGCUCCCCGGGGGAGUCCGCCUCGGGGGGCCUGUCCAAAAAGCUGCUGCUGGGUAGCCCCAGCUCCCUGAGCCCCUUCUCCAAACGCAUCAAGCUGGAGAAGGAGUUCGACCUGCCGGCCGCCGCCAUGCCCAACACCGAGAACGUUUACUCCCAGUGGCUGGCGGGCUACGCCGCCUCCCGGCAGCUGAAGGACCCCUUCCUCAGCUUCGGCGACUCCCGACAAUCGCCCUUCGCCUCCUCCUCCGAGCACUCCUCGGAGAACGGCAGCCUGCGCUUCUCCACGCCGCCGGGCGAGCUGGACGGAGGGAUCUCAGGCCGCAGCGGCACGGGAAGCGGAGGGAGCACCCCCCAUAUUAGUGGCCCGGGCCCUGGCAGGCCCAGCUCAAAAGAGGGCAGACGCAGCGACACUUGUGAGUACUGUGGGAAGGUCUUCAAGAACUGUAGUAAUCUCACCGUCCACAGACGGAGCCACACGGGCGAGAGGCCGUAUAAGUGUGAGCUUUGCAACUACGCCUGCGCCCAGAGUAGCAAGCUCACCCGGCACAUGAAAACACACGGGCAGGUUCGGCGUACCCCACCAGCUGGCGCAGCGCCCAGGGAGCCCCGGACGUCUGGCAGUUUUCGGAUGGAAGUUCAAGAGCACUUAAAUUCUGAAAGGAGGUGAAGCUGGGGCGAGCGGCCGGCGGCAUCUCGGCGUCCGGAGGUGGCCCUCUGUCCUGCUGGCUCGCCGCGUCCCCGGGAGAGCCUGAGAAGUCACCCGCUGAAGGCAGCGCUCCCCGGGCUCCUCCUGCCUGCAAGACUAUCGUAUUUAUAUUUUGUAAUAGAGUACAACAUUUCUUCGGGGUUGGGUUGGGUUGGGUUUUUUGUUUUUCCUUUCUUUUUUUAUUUUCUAAAAACAAACAAAAAAGCAAACCCACCCACCAAGGUCAAGGGCUUAUCGAUGGCUUCGACCGGCUCCUUUCCCCACGGAAAAGACUUGUCUUGCUCUCGUGGACAACCCGGCCUGUUGGUUAUCUCCCUGACGUGCCACUGCUCGGAAGGCGCAUCUUGAUGUGACGAAUUAAAAAUAAAACAAAACACAGUGUAGGUCUGCGGGUGGGUGGGAAAUUGCCAUAAUAAAUGUUGGAGCUUUAGGUUUUGUUUGCUCUGUCUUUAAUUUUUAAUGCUAACGAGGGCCAGGCGGCUGGUAUGACUUUGUGUGACCGUACCGGCUGCAGAAAACCAAGUGCUGAGUUGAUGGAGAGGAAGCUGGGGCUGGCGUCCGGGCGAGGGGCCGCAGGGCCCCGGUGGGCAGAUGUUCCCUGCGGGGCUAGACCAGGCGUCAGGCUUACGGCCGCUGCACCCCGAGUCGUGGCGAACCCCCGUUGGCCUUGGGUGAUGCUGAAGCGGGGCGUCUCUCCUCCGUCGCCCGCCUCCUCUUGAUGAAUGCUGGCUGUCGGAUUGCAUUCCUGCUGUUAAACCUUGUGCUUUUGGGGCUGGUGGGAUCCGUAACCUAGUGUCCGUCCAAGGAGAAGUGGGGCCAGCCGGUGGGUGUCGGGAGGAGCUGUGCUCUUGCUAUGGAGAUGCUGCCAGCAGCAGGGGAUGCAGAGCCCUGCCCCGAGCCGGGGGUACCGGGGGAAAUGCUGCCAGGCUGGCUAUCCCGGUGUCUCCCGCCGCGGGUCCAGCCCUUGCACAGCUUUCCCCCUUGCCAGUGGCACUCGUCCCUUGCCCGGAGCUGAGCUCCCACCCCCGGGAGUUUGCUGGUUCGGGGGCCCAAGCGCUUUGCUGAACAGAAGAUGGGUUAAGUGCGUGCUUGCGUGCUGUCUCCCAUGGGAUUUAUAGGCUGUAGCUGCUCAUGCCUCUGCCGGCGGGCGGGAAUGGACCUUAUUUGGUGAGAGAAACCAGCCGGGGAGCGAGCAGAGCCGCUGGCCGGCCGUGUCAGGCUGCCAGGACACCCGCUGCCGGUCGCAGCGGGACGGAGCCGAGCCGCGGGGCAGGGGCCAACUGAUGUAUUCGCUUCGUGUCUUAGCUUUCGUUCUCACGGCUGGCUCUACGCAGCUGCUUUCUGAAAACCCGAGCGAGGCCCCCGGCCGGGCUGACCCCCUCCUGGCAAAACGGCCGGAGGGGAAUCGAUGUUGCCUUUUCGAUGGGUGGUGGUUGCUCUUUUGUUUUUUUAAAACCCCAGGCUGCGGUUCUCAUGUCGGCCGGGGCAUAGCACAAGCACGGACACUUUUGUACCUGAAAGCUCGGCAAGGGGCCGGGACGGGUGGCAGAAACACCUCCACGCACGCCUGUAGACUCAAACCGGGGUGCACAGGCAUGGGUUGACCCUGAGGGAGCUACUGCUGCUUCUUUUGAGGCGAUUUGGUGUUUGAGGUCCAAUUACCCGAAAGCCUGCACGCACCCUAAGCUUUUUUUAUCACUUGGAGGUGUUUUUAAAAGGUUCUUCCCGUGUUUUUAAAAGGUUCUUCCCAUCCCAGCCUGUGCUACCACCUCUGCGUCUGCUUGUAAGGGGUUUUUUUGAGCCUCGGAAGGGUGAAUCCUGUCGCAUUAAGCAUCCUAUUGAUUGCAAGCACGCCAUGCAGCUCCCGUUAGCUCCUGCCCUGGGGUACCCCUGCACCAGGCAGCUGCAUCGCGUGGGGCUAACGGAGCUGUUAAUUGCAGAGGGGGUUGCUCUGCCUUCUCCUCCAAACUGCAGACCAGGGAGCACCUGGUGCCUACCUACAGCAGGUCUGCGAUGCCUGUAAUAAAGGGCAGCUGGGGGGGUGCUUUCUAAAGGAUUUUCAGUGUGGUGGCUGGUUCUGGGGGUGUCUUCACCCUGGCUUUGUCUGAGCAUAGGCAAAGCUCAGUGCAUGGAUGGCUUCUGGCCAUGCUUUUGUUGCUCUGCCGGGUGAAACGAGCGCGAUGUCCUUUGCUUUCUCUGGCUGUGGCCCGUCUCUCCUCCGGCAGCCAGCACCAGGCAGGUGUUUCUCCCAGGGAAAGCAGAAAAUAACACGGCGGUGACAGCUAAACGUGCUCUGCCGAGCGCGGCGGGGGGAAAGUUAUACCUGUCCUUUCCUGAAGUGUCGAAGGUAAAGUGGAAUAGUCCUUAAAAUGUGCAUUUUUUUUUAAUACAGGUGUAAAACCCGCCCAACUCUUAGGACUUUAAAACAUCCGCGGGAUUUAUGCGUUGCCUUAAAGUUACCACUGGAUGUGAUGAGGGCGCUGGGAGCCUCUCGUGAGCGCUGGGGCUCUUCUCCCCAGCCGCGGGGCUGAUCCUGCUCCCGGGCUCCGUGUGGCUCUUAGAAAGCAACAGGGCAGCCCCAGCACCCGUUUUUGGUGGAGCUACAAGGGUUUCCACCACCUCGUCCGAACUUGGGCUGCUGUGUGCGUUAAUUAGGGGUAUCGUUAGGAUCCCUUUUUGUCCGGCCAGGACUUGGCUGCUGCAAAGCCCUUCCCUGUGUCUGGGUGUGCAGAGGAUCAGCAGCCACGGCGUUACAGCGGCUUAAUGAGUUUCUGCCAAUUAACAGGAGUCAAGGGUUUCCUGGGAGGGGAGAGCUGGAAAACUGUCAGCCUCGAAGCUGGAGGUUGCUCUGUUUUCGGUGCAAGAGGGGCGAUUUUCCUAGGGAUUUUGUAUUUUAGCCCAUUCCCAGUGUGUCAGUCUGCACAUCAGAGUGACAAAAUGAAUACACUUUGUCUUUAUCCAAAAACCAAAGCUCUAAAGUUUUGGAGAUUUUAAUAAGCAAAAGAAAAGCUCUUUUUUCCUGGUCCAGGGGCUGAGAUGAGCAAGAUACCUGGGAAUUAGCUAGCUUAGCUUUGAUUUUUUUUUUUUUUUUUUUGGGGUUUAAAAAGCUGCUUUUAAACUUGAAGUCAAUUGAAGACUGUGCUGUGUUUUAUUUCUAAGCGCACUUUCACUACAUUACAAUGCAGCAAAGGUCAAGUCUUUUGUGAAGUUUGACUUAAAUUUGGCUUUCAAAACAUUGUAUGUGUUGGGUUGGCGACGCGUUCGGGCCGUGGGCUUUUCCAAGGUGAGAAGAGAGGAGUGAAACGAGCGCGUUGGAGGUCGCUUGUCGAGCGCCGUCUCUCCAGAAGGGAUCUGAAAACAGACCUAAAACCCCACGAAGGGGAUUUCCAGCAUUUUGCCUCAGCCCCAGCUUCGUGUUGGGUCCCACUAAGCCCCCCCCCCUCCCCGGGACCAGCGGCAGCGUCGGGCUCGUGGGCAGCGCCGUGGCGUGGCCGGGGGGCAACGUGGGCUGUUUCACCAUCUCUGCUUUCGCUUUGCAUCUCGCUCGGUCCGCGGCUGUGCGUGUCUGAGCUGCCUGGAUGCCGGCGAAACCCCGGGGUGAGCCUUUGCCCGCGGAUUUGGUGGUGGUGAGGCGGGGGACCUGCUAAUUGUAGCUGCCUUUCCAGGGCUCCCUGCGCUGGGGUGACAUUCCAUGUGAUCCCACUGUAAAUUAUCACCAAGGAGCGAGCUGAAACACCCCUCCCGAAUGAGAAUGGUGCCUCAUUUGCUGCUUUUUUUUUUUUUAUUCCCUGCUCCCCCCACCCCGGCCCCAGUUUUCCCAUUUCAGGCGUGAUUAGGCAUCGCCGGUCAGUCGUAUGUUGUAUCUGCUUUAAGUCGAUAAAACUUUGUCGCCCCUCCAUCCCAACACCCCCUGGACGUCCUCCCCCCCCGCCCCCAGAAAUCACCCUCAGAACAUUCAUCUUCUGCAGGGGCCCAAAGGAUCCAUUAUUCCUGAGGAAAGAUGGAGUUGGGAAGGAGGGAACACAACGCCGACAUCCCCCCCCCCCCCCAACCCCCAGAUAUGGCCCUUGCUCCUUAAUCUCACUGGAUAGAGUUACACAUCUGGUAGGGCCUUGCUCGUUGUUGCUGUUACUUUUAUUGCGUCUUUAGCGGUGAUGAAGUUCAGAUGGCAGAACCAGUGGGCCCCAAUUUAAUUUCGUCUGGCCUCCCGUAAGGAGGACGCCGUGAUCCCCGGGCAGCUCGGGCGGGCAGGAGCUGGCCUGCCGUGGGGAUGGGCAGAGGUGGGGCGGACGGACAGAUGGACAGGCCAAACCCCGCGGCCAGGGUGGGCGGUGGGGGGGGAGGAAAAAAAAAAAAAGGAGAAAUCUGGAAAUAAGGGUGAUAACGGGUGGGUGGAGGUGCCUGUGCCGUGUGAGCCUCGAACGCUGCAGUGACAUGGAUGGGUGGGUGGAUGGACGGACAGAUGGACAGGCAGCUUUUCAUGUCAAAACCCAGAAGCAAGAUCAGGAGGUGGAUUUCCACCUCUUCUGGUGGCUGGGGUGUGCGUGCCGUGAUGCUUUCCGAGGUUGCUCUAGCCCUGAUGGCUCUUCCCUGGCCGUUUCCGUGGCCCUCCGGGUUCCCAGUGGCAAUGUACAGAAGCUCCCACCUCUCCCCCGAUGUCUGCAAAUGCAUGUGUCUAAGGGCUAUACAGGAUUCAUUUACGGGCCUCCUGUUGGUGGGAUAUGUGCAUGCAAAAUGAAGGUUGUAUUUGGCUUCUAAUAUUCAGAUCUAUAUUCCAUAUUGUGUUGACCAAGAAAAGCAACUCAGCCCCCGUGCUGAAGAAUGUGAUGGACUGAUGACUUUCAGAAACUUACUGUAAAUCAAGGAG